UCGCCUACAACUAGAAUCAAAGCCCCGCUCGCGAGCUGGAUGCUGACAGGCGCGCGGUGCGGUCAUCAUGCAAAGGUUAUAUUGGAUCCGUUUCAAGAAGCCGCUCCUCCGCAGGCGUCGCACGGGUCACAAAAUGCGAGACGUCUAGCGACACGCACGCACGCACCCACACACACACACACAGACCAGAAAACGGACUAACGUUUCAAGGCCUGUUUGACUACAGCAGGUGUCGAGCGAUGGACGCGAGUUUGGGAUUUCCGCGACAGACUGUGUGUACGCUGGCUCCUCUCGGCGGUAAAGUGGCUUCAUGAGUGUCCAAAGUAACAGUGGAAGUGGUGGUGGAAGUUUGGAGGCGACGCCAUCUUGGUCGCAGCUCUCCUCGUCCCCGACGAUUUCUCAACAACAUAUAACGGCGACCGCAAAGAGCAAGGAAGGCCCCAUGGACGAGCUGCACAGCCUGGACCCCAGGAGACAGGAGCUGCUGGAGGCCCGCUUUACAGGAGCUGUCAGCGGGAACACCGUGGGCAGCACUGGGAGCACCAGCGGAGGUGCCAAGGGCCUGGCUAACGAGUCCUCUAACCACAGCUAUGGAAGCCUGGGCUCGUCCAGCGACAAGGAGUCGGAGAACUCUGAUUUGAAAAGAGGGAGCUCCCCUGCCUACUCAACCCCAGAGAAGAAGCACUCCGAGUCGUCCAGGGGGAGGAAAAGGAAAGCCGACACCUACUCUGAGAGCAGUCAAGGGAAGACCUCCACACGUGGGCCCAAAAUCAGUGACUAUUUCGACUUUCAGGGCGGGAACGGUUCCAGUCCGGUCAGAGGCCUCCCGUCGGCCCGCCGCUCUCCUCAGAGCUCGCACUCCGCUCCAGGCUUAAUCGUCCGGCAGAAUAGCUCCUCCCCCACCAGUCUGUGUUUCGGGGAGCACAACCUCAAAUCCUCCCUAAGCAAAUUUGCCCAGACGGAGCUGACGGGCCUUAAACUCGCUGCCCUGGAGAGCAACAAGAGCCUGGACCUGGAAAAGAAGGAAGGACGAAUAGACGACCUCCUCAGGGCAAACUGUGACCUGCGGCGGCAGAUUGACGAACAGCAGAAACUUCUGGAGAAAUACAAAGAGAGACUGAACAAAUGCAUCACCAUGAGCAAGAAACUGCUCAUAGAGAAGGUGUUGUUUUGCACCCCAGUGAGCACACAGGAGAAGCAGUCGUGUCGCGAGAAGAGCAUGCAGGAUCGCCUCCGUCUGGGCCACUUCACCACCGUCAGACACGGCGCGUCCUACACCGAGCAGUGGACGGACGGAUAUGCAUUCCAGAACCUGAUCAAGCAGCAGGAGAGCAUCAACCAGCAGAGGGAGGACAUAGAGCGGCAGAGGAAGCUGCUGGCCAAGAGGAAGCCCCCCAACCCCGCGUCCCCCUCCCUCUCCGUGGCCUCCACCUCCGAGCCCAAGCAGCGGAAAACUAAGGUGGUCAACGGCAACGAUUCCGACCCCUUCCUGAAGCCGUCCCUGCCUCAGCUACUGACCCUCGCUGAGUAUCACGAGCAGGAAGAAAUCUUCAAGCUGCGCCUCGGCCACUUGAAAAAGGAGGAGGCGGAGAUCCAGGCAGAGCUGGAGCGGUUGGAGCGGGUGAGGAACCUCCACAUCCGAGAGCUGAAGAGGAUCAACAACGAGGACAGCUCAGCUUUCAAAGACCACCCUACUCUGAAUGAGAGGUACCUGCUGCUGCACUUGCUGGGCAGGGGCGGCUUCAGUGAAGUCUAUAAGGCUUUUGACCUGUUUGAGCAGCGCUACGCAGCCGUUAAAAUCCACCAGCUCAACAAGAACUGGAGAGAGGAGAAAAAGGAGAACUACCACAAGCACGCGUGCCGAGAGUACCGGAUACACAAGCAGCUGGACCAUCCCAGAAUAGUCAAACUCUACGACUACUUCUCCCUGGACACCGACACGUUCUGCACGGUCUUGGAGUUCUGCGAGGGAAACGACCUGGACUUCUACCUGAAGCAGAACAAGCUGAUGUCGGAGAAGGAGGCCCGCUCCAUCGUCAUGCAGAUCGUCAGCGCGCUGCGCUACCUCAACGAGAUCAAGCCUCCCAUCAUCCACUACGACCUCAAACCAGGCAACAUCCUGCUGGUGGACGGCACCGCCUGCGGAGAGAUCAAGAUCACAGACUUCGGCCUGUCCAAGAUAAUGGACGACGACAACUACGGCGUGGACGGGAUGGACCUGACCUCGCAGGGGGCGGGCACCUACUGGUACCUGCCCCCGGAGUGCUUCGUGGUCGGGAAGGAGCCGCCCAAGAUCUCCAACAAGGUGGACGUCUGGUCCGUGGGGGUGAUCUUUUUCCAAUGCCUUUACGGGCGCAAGCCGUUCGGUCACAAUCAGUCCCAGCAGGACAUCCUCCAGGAAAACACCAUCCUCAAAGCCACAGAGGUCCAGUUUCCAGCAAAGCCGCAGGCCAGCACUGAGGCCAAGGCCUUCAUCCGGCGCUGCCUGGCCUACCGCAAGGAGGACCGCUUCGACGUCCACCAGCUGUGCUCGGACUCCUACCUCCUCCCCCACAUGAGGCGCUCCAACUCCUCCGGCUCCCUGCAGUCCUCCACCUCCUCCCUCCCCACCUUCUGACUCCCGACACCGACCGGACCCCCGGGUCCCACGCCCAGGCAGGAUUAUCGGAACCGAAGGAUAGCAAACGCGGACGCUCUCGAUUUUGGUUUUUGUUAGUUUUUUUGGAAGCCGCUCCCAGACACGGGUGGAAUUGCAACUAAAUGGAGGUGCGGUGGGGUGUGGGAUGGUAAAGACAGGAAGUGGAAGGAGUCACAGAAGGAACAUGAUUUAAAAGGCAAAGACUGGACGGACGAAAGUGGAUUGGGACGAUUUACCGGGAUUAAGAAAGAAAGGCGAGCAGGAUUUGUUUUCGGACCGCAGUAAGGUCUCAGGAGCCCCCCCCCGGC